AUGCGCCUGAUUUUAGCAUGCAGCACUGCAUCCGUGCUUAGCACUCUCACAGAAGAGGGCACCAGCGAAAUCGACGAUUUUCGAGCAAAAGGGUAUGCAACAACUGGAUGGUGCGCGGAGGAAACAGAUCCGAGUCGUAAAAUUACAUUCACGUUUGCAGUUCCUAAAGUUAUUGAGAGGCUGCGCGUAGAGAAAACUGCCAAUGGCGCCUAUCCAACGAUAAUUGGGCUGAAAUAUUCAAACCGUACUGGUGUUCCGCUUAUUCCCUAUGCUGUAGCAAAUUUUUCCAAACUGACAACACGAAAUGUAGCUAUUGUUGGCAGUGAAUUACUCGUUCUUCCACAAGCUAUUGAGGCUCGCGUCCUGGAGUUUACAAUCGAAGAAUUUUCAGGCAGUCCGUGCAUGAAAUUGGAAAUACUCGGUUGCCAUAAAACAAAUUGUCUCGGUAGCAAUUUUUGA